AUGCGGAUAUCAUCGACACCAAGUGACACAUCCAUGGCCAAUGGUACUGCGAAGAAUGGCGCAAACGGCCAUGUUCCUCGGAAACCGUCUCAUUCGGGUCUGUCCCUAAAUGAAUACAGCGCGAGUCCGUCGCUGCCACCGGAGGAUCAUUGCCAUCGCAUUCGACAGAUCGUGCCCGAUGAGUAUGUGCUGCCUAAUGGGCAUCCUGAUUACACCCGCCUUAUCAUGACCAGUCGCGUUUACGAAGCCUGUUCCAAGACUUCCUUGACGCCUGCCAUCAACCUGUCAAUUCGACUUGGGUGUAAUGUGCUACUCAAGAGAGAAGACGAGCAGCCCGUUUUUAGCUUCAAGCUGCGCGGCGCUUACAAUAAGAUGGCCCAUCUCGAUAGGAGGGAUAGCUGGAAAGGCGUAAUCGCCUGCAGUGCCGGAAACCAUGCACAGGGGGUCGCUUAUUCCGCAAGAUUGCUCCAAAUUCCCGCCACGAUUGUUAUGCCUGCCAAUACGCCAAGUAUAAAACAUAAGAAUGUAUCGAGGCUGGGCAGCUGCAUCAUAUUACACGGUCAAGAUUUCGACGCCGCCAAGGAGGAAUGUUCGAGACUAGAGAAACAGCAUGGCCUCAUUAAUAUCCCACCCUUCGAUGAUCCCUAUGUUAUCGCUGGCCAGGGGACUAUCGGUAUGGAGUUAUUGCAGCAGGCUAAUCUGAGCAGGAUUGAAGCUAUUUUCUGCUGUAUUGGUGGGGGUGGACUUAUUGCUGGUAUCGGUAUUUUCAUAAAGCGAAUGGCGCCUCAUGUUAAGAUCAUAGGGGUCGAGACCGAGGACGCCAACGCUAUGGUACGAUCAUUACAAGAAGGCAAACGUGUGGUGUUAGAGGAGGUGGGACCGUUCGCUGAUGGUGCCGCUGUGAAAACAGUCGGGAAAGAGACAUUCCGCAUUUGCCAAGAGGUAGUCGACGAGGUGGUCCAAGUGAAUACGGACGAGACAUGUGCGGCCAUCAAAGAUAUCUUCGAAGACACUCGCUCCAUCGUCGAACCAGCAGGUGCGCUGGCCCUGGCUGGCCUGAAGAAAUGGCUAGCAGCGCAUCCCAAUCCCACUGGCGAUGGAAACCGCGCCGUCAUCGCCAUAACCAGCGGGGCCAAUAUGAACUUCGACAGGCUACGCUUUGUUGCCGAACGCGCGACUCUGGGGGAGGGAAGAGAGGCUCUCCUUCGGGUCAAUAUCCCCAAGAGACCCGGUUCUUUUGCAGAGCUUAUGAGCUACAUCAUGCCCCAUGCCGUGACCGAAUUCUCUUACCGCUUUGCGGGGUUUGCGGAAUCAGAAAUGGCCAGUGUGUUAAUCGGUAUAUCACUCGAUGGUGCGGCUUCGGAACGCGCACAGCAGUUACAGUCCCUUAUGAACCGCAUCACGGCAGCGGACAUGGAGAUCAAAGACUUGUCAGGCCACGAGGUGGCCAAAUCGCAUUAUCGAUAUCUGGUUGGGGGCCCCUCAGAUGUCGCAGAUGAGAGACUGUAUUGGUUCAAUUUUCCCGAACGCCCUGGGGCGUUAGAGAAGUUUCUGAAUGCAUUACGGCUAAAAUUCAACAUCAGCUUGUUUCAUUACCGCAACGGAGGGAGCGAUGUGGGUAAGGUUUUGGCCGGCAUUCAAUGUCCUGACGCGGAAGUCUCGGAUCUCGAAAAUUCUCUGAGAGACAUCGGAUAUCCGUGGACAGACUGGACGAAAGACGACGAGUUUCAAGCAUUUCUACGAAGGUAA